AUGUCCGAAAACCCCACAAACGAUUCUUUCAUGAACGAUCACCCGAGGGAGGCGAAUGAACUGUUUACGAGCGGAUCCGAUCACCAGGAUUACAACCAACAUCCAUGGCCAGAGAGUUCAAUCGAUUAUCACAAUAACGAGAGCGAGGCAAAUACCAACAACAUACCUGGCAUCUCAGGUGACUUCAACUUUACGUCCGGCGAAGAGAACAAUGUGAUAACCCCCGAUAUAGACAAUUUUUCGGUGUCAAAUAAUUCUCCCGCUCGGGAGAUGACGUUUGAAUCAUCGAACGUUAAUAACAAUACGUCAAAUAUUUCCUCGAACUCUUCGGCCGGCUCAAACGUGACUGCGCCCAACCUUGACGCAUCACAUGAGGAAUCGACGAACACCUCCCUCGAUAACGAAGGUUAUUUUGACCAACCCAUCAACCAAAUAGAUCGCGCAUACUUCGAAAAUUACUAUUCGUACAUCACGCCACAGUCCACCCUAUCAAAUGGCAAUCCAACUAGGACCUACGUGGUGACCUUACCCACGACCAACAACAGCGCGUCAAGGAUUGAUCCAAGUUUGUUGACUUACGAGCAAAACGUGCCGGUUCAAGGUUCAUCGAGUUAUGCACAAUCCACGUAUGCCAACAACUCUGUCCCAGUAAACAACAACUCAGUCUCAAACUACUGGAACGAUGUCCAGACACAAAUAUCACGUGGAUUAUCCUCCAAUUAUUAUAAUACAAUUCCGAGUACGAAUUCUUAUGAACAAUUCGCCCAACAAAUAACUGGCAAUGGUCGUUCCCUAGUUGCGGAUGCAAUGAGUGACUACAUGACCCUGAAUGAUCAUACGUUGACGAACAAGGGAAAAAAGAAACGAGGACGCAAAUCAGAAUCGGAUUAUUCGCACGUAAUACCCUUGCCAUCACCAUCGUCCACCGAUGGGAAUCGCCAAGAAAUUGCGCAAUGCUCGAACUGCGGCGUGCGUGACACGCCCGCGUGGAGGCGUGACCUGCAGGGCGUCGCCUUACUUUGCAAUGCGUGUGGCCUCUAG